AUGGAUGAGAAAUUGCGCAGUCAGUCAAGUCUGAACUUGUUAGCAUCUCAAAAUGGAUAUCCAAUUGAACGGAAAGUGAUCGAUGCUUCAGGUCGAUUAGAUUCACUGUAUGAUGCUUCCACAGAUAAUUUAGUUGAUCGACAUUCUGCUCGAAGUAUUGAAAUAAAAACGCCACGUCAACGUUCUGUAUGUCGCCUAUUUUCCGGUGAUCAAUCGAGAGAACUUAAUAGUUUUCUAAGAGAUAUCGACUUUGAUGAUGCUAUUCGACAGAGUAUUUGUCUUCAAAUGGUAACACCAUCAGGCGUUGGUCGUCUUAUUGAAUAUAAUCGACCUAUUAAUGAGAAAACUCGUUUUCUAUAUUAUUCUUAUAGAGAUAGAAAAGAAAAAUUAAAUAUUAAAGCUCUAAAAGCUGAUAAAAUCGUUGGAGCACCAAGAGAUCCAACUAAGGCGAGUCAUAUGAUAACGAAAAUCUUAUGGGGUAUUGAAAUUUUAUGUAUUAUACAAAUUCCAAAUAAUCAAUCUGUCAAUGCGAUCAACCAUGUACUUCUUAAUAUUUGUAAUCAACUUAAAAAUAAUCAGAUUCCAAUUCAACUUAAUGAUACUGACCGACGUCUCAUCAAUCAAUUGACUGAUACUACUGUAUUUGGAUCCGAAACAUGUGUCGAUCCAUCAAAAACAUCAAUUGGUCCACAAUUUUCAGAUCCAUAUUCUUUGCCUAAUCCAACUGAUCCUCAUAUUGCACGAAUUGAGAUGGUAAUUAAUCGUAUAAGAAAUCAGAUAAAAGAUCUUACAGAUAUCAUACACAAUCUUCCGAUAAAUUUUUCAGAUGCAACACUUAAUCAACGUUUAAAAGAUGUUCAACAACAGUAUCGUUUUAUAUUAGAUUCGCAAGAAAAUCUUCAAGACCGUCUUCAAAGAGUACUUGCAGAUGUUCGUCGACAACGUGUCAGACCACUAGUAUUAGACAAUAUCAUUGUAGAUCUACGUUAUGAAUGUUUACGUAAAACUGAAAUGGAAAAAUUUCGGACUAGUAUUCAACGAUUGUACAAUAAAUCAAUAUUAAUCAAAAAAUUAAAGAACAAUCAAAUUGAAUAUAUCAAUGCACUUGAUAUCCGUCCUAAUCAAACAGUAAAAAUGACAAUUAAUGAUACUGAUGUCUUGCUUAAACGUGCUUACUCUAAUGAAAAUUUUCCUGUAAUUCUUUGGCAUUCUAGUGAUCGUUUAGAACGUAUACAACAAGAUAGAUGGCAACAAAUAUAUCAAGAAUUAACUUUAGAGCGUCAGCAUGCAGCACAACGAAUAAAUUUAAUCUAUAUUGAUUUUACUUACUUUGAAGAAAGAUUAGAAAACUCUAUCAUUGUACGAUUACCAUUAACAGAAACACCGAAAAAUUACCAUGAUCGAAUAACAGAACCUCAGCCGUCACGUGCUGAUUCAUCUACAUCAUCCGCAAAGAAAAAAGUAAGAUCAUCAUUUCCACAAAUUCCAGUACCAUCUAAACCUCAAAUAAAACAACCUAUACCUCCAACACCAACAUCUAGAACUUCAGUAGAACGAUUGAUCGAAAUUAACGUACUGCUCUUGGGAGAAACAGGUGUUGGAAAAUCUACAUUCAUUAAUGCAUUUGCCAACUACUUAAAAUUUGAUUAUCUUCAACAAGCUGAACGAGAUGAACCAGUUGUAUUAAUUCCAGUUUCAUUUCUCAUUACUGUUGGUCAAUCAGCAACACAACAAUGUAAAUCAUAUGUAUUCGAUUCGAAUGACAGAUUACGUUUACGUUUAAUUGAUACACCUGGUAUUGGUGAUAUACGAGGAAUCAAUCAAGAUGUGAAAAUUAUGGACCAUAUAUUGACUUAUAUCGAUAAUUUAUCUCAUUUGAAUGCUAUUUGUUUAUUACUCAAAUCACAUGCUUCUCAAUUAAAUGUAUUUUUUCAUUUAUGUGUUAAUCAAUUAUUAACUUAUUUAACACCAAUUGGUUAUAAUAAUAUUAUUUUCUGCUCUACAAACGCUCAAAAAACUUUUUACGCAUCAUGUGAUACUGGUCCAUUACUUCGCAAAAUGCUCAAUGAUAAACAUCUUAAUGAUAUUCCAUUUAAAAAAGAAAAUACAUUUUGUUUUAAUAGUGAAUCAUUUCGAUAUUUAGCUGCAAGAAAAUGCAAUGUUGACUUUGAUGAUUAUCAAAGACAAAAAUAUACUAGUAGUUGGAAUACAUCAGUAACAGAAUCAGUUUGUUUACUUAAUUUUAUUCAAAGAUGUCAACCAUAUUAUCUAGAAGAAUGGAUAUCUCUAAGAAAAGCUACUCUUGAUAUAUCUAUGCUUGCUCGACCUCUCAUGGAAACACUACGAUUAAUAAUUUAUAAUUCGAAAUUAAACGAAGCUAGAUUAAAUGCUAAUCAUAUGGUAUUAAAUUCGAAUCCAGUUAACAUUGAUAUGUGUAGGCAUUGUGCACAAAUUAAUAUUGUCGAGGUAGGUCCAUUUUGGUUAACUCAAUAUCAGCCAUCUAUUUUGAAAACCAAUACAAAUCAACAUCGUCGUUGUCCAACAAAUGGAAAAAAUUUUUUUAUUGAAUCUAUAGUAACAUAUGAAUUUGUUUCACUAUCAGCAGGUCUUAAAAAUGAACGAUGGCAAAGUUCUUUUCGUAAUUUUCUAUAUAAAUGUGAUAGACUUCAUCAUUUCUUACGACAACAAGGACCAUCAACUGAUGAUGAUCCAUUUCUACCUAUAAUCGAACGAUUUCUUGAAGAAGAACAAGAAAUUUCUCAGAUUUGUAAUAUUAAUUCUAAUAUGAACAGACAAGUAAGAGAAGUAUUAAAUACAAUAAAAAGACUUCGUCAAGAAAAUAGUCAACAAUUAUUUGGAUCAAACGAAAGACUUUCACUUAAUCAAGUCUAUCAAAUAAUCAAUGAAUUAGUGGCUAUACCAACAGUUAAGAGACAAGUUGAUAGUAUCAAGAUAAGUCGUCAAUUAAAACUGCAAAAACAUGAACGUCAAAUACCAGCAAACUCAAUCAAAAACAGAAUAUUUGCUUGA